AUGAGUUCUCAAAUUACCUUUCGUCGUGACGCUGUGGUCUUCACCGCCAAAGCGCCGGCACCUCUACCUAUAUUUUCACAAGCUAUCAAGGCUAAUAACAUCGUCUAUGUCUCAGGGAACGUGGGCAUGGAGCCUGAUACAGGAAAGCUUGCCGAUGGCCUGGCUGCACAAACUACUCAAAUUCUCAAAAACCUGGGGGCAAUUCUUUUCGCUGCUGGAUCCGGCCUUGGAAAGGUCAUCAAAGUCAACGUCUUCGUGACCGACAUGGGCAAAUUUGCCGAGAUGAACGAGGCGUAUCUGGGGGUGUUUGAAGAGCCCCAGCCCGUCCGAACCUGCGUUCAGGUAUCUGCCUUGCCGUUUGGGGCUCAGGUCGAGAUGGAGUGCCAAGCGUUGUUGGGGUCUUUUGGAGGCUAUCCGAGCCCAGUCCGCACCGCACUUCGUCAGUACCAAGAUGUCGCUGAGGCCGCACCCGACCGGUUCAUACGCUACGUAUUUCCCGAUAUCCUUCGUCAAAGUCGCUCUCUGCUGGCAGAAUUCAUGAGAUGUCCUGUGGAUGAGCUGGUUCUCUGCCCCAACGUGACGACGGCUACGGACACUGUACUACUCAACCUUCGGUGGGAAGAUGGUGAUACGAUCGUCUACACGUCUGGUAUCUACGGUGCUCUCGAAAAAUCUAUCGAGGCCUUCAUUGAAGCGCAACCCUCUGUCAUUGGAGUGUCAGGGGUCAAAAUACAGCUUGAUCUGCCCCUGGAAUCCGAGAAGAUCGUGGCGAUGUUCAAGGAGGCUUUACAGAGUGAAAAGCUUUACCUGCCUGGACUUCUCAUGCCAUUCCAGGAAUUGGUACAAGGUUGCCGUGAGGAGGGCGUUCUCAGCAUGAUUGACGCAGCACAUGGUAUUGGGCACAUACCGCUCGACCUGGGCAAGCUCGAUCCAGUCUUCUUCGUCACCAACUGCGACAAGUGGCUUUUCACCCCCCGCUCAGUCGCUGCCUUUUUCGUUCCAAAGAGAAAUCAACAUAUGAUCCGGACAACGCUGCCCACCUCCCAUGGUUUUCGACCGCUUGCAGCACGUCAGGUGUUCGAUCCUAUGCCCUCGUCGCAGGAGACAAACCCAAUGGUGAAGCAGUUUGAGUACUUCGGAACCAUCGACAAUGCGCCUUACUGCUGCAUCGAGACUGCUUUGAACUUUCGCAAACAGGCUUGCGGAGGAGAGGACGCCAUACGGACCUACUGUACGAAUCUCGCUCGGGAAGCUGAGCGGAUUAUGGUUGCUCAUCUGGGAACCGAAGCCUUUGAGAUUCCAGAGGAGCAAAGGGUCUUCUUUGCCCAUGAAGUGCCAGCAGUUACUGAGUGGAUCAACCGACAGUUUGUUGAAACAUACCAGACAUACCUAUCCUUACUGUUCCACCGUGGGUCGUGGUGGGCUAGACUGAGUGUGGCUGUCUACGUCGACAUCGAGGACUGCGAGUACAUCGCCAAGGUGUUGAAAGAGCUAAGCGAGAGAGUUCAAAGAGGUGAAUACAAGAGCCAGAACAGAGACACCUGA